AUGCGGGUUCUUUUUUGGAAUAUCAAUGGUGUUGCGCGUACAACAACACAUUAUAAGCUUAGGGAGCUGAUUAGAGAUUUCCAUCCUAAAGUUUUCGGUCUUGCUGAACCAAAAGUGGCGUGCUCAGCAAAUUUUGGGAGGAGGCUAAUUUCUGAAGGUUAUUCUUCGUUUAUUAUUAAUAAUUCUGCUAAUUCUGGUAUUGCAAAUCUUUGGGUUUGUUAUAAGGAUGGGCUUCAUGUUUCUGUAGUUAGUUCUAGUAAACAAGCUAUUACAAUUGCGGUUGAUGGUGUGUAUAUCUCUUUUGUCCAUGCUAUCUACAUUCAAACUACUAGGCGCAGGCUUUGGCAGCAACUAGUUAUGCAAGAUUCAAUUACACCUUGGCUGGUCAUAGGUGAUUUUAAGUGUAUUUUGCAUUUGAAUGAGAAGAAAGGUGGCUUGGAAAUAAGAUCGUCUGUUAUUGAUGAUUUCAGUGAUUGGAUGGAUGACAAUGAUCUUUUUGAAUCGGAUUCCUUGGGCAGCAAAUUCAAUUGGUGUAAUAGGCAAUCUGGUACUAAGUGUAUUAUUAGUAAGUUGGAUCGUGCCUUGUCGAGCUCCUUUUCGUGUUCAAAAGAUGUGGUUUUUACAUGGGGAUUUCUUCGGAUGGUUAAUGAGAGUUGGACUUUGACUGUUCAUGGUUCUCCUGAUUUUAUUUUCCCUUAUAAAUUGAAGCUGAUGAAGAUUGCAAUGAAGGAUUGGAAUCUGAGGAUUUUUUGUAAUGUGAAUUCUCGUUUGAAGCAAGACCAACUUCAUUUUGAGACAGCAGCUCUUAUUUCAGAUGAGGAUCCUAGUAAUACUGCUAAACUAAAUGCAAUGAAGGAUGCUAUGAAAACUUUAUGUGAUACUCGUUUGCAACAGUUAACUAUGAUCAAGCAAAAGUCUAGGAACAAAUGGUUGGUGGAGGGUUCAAGUAAUUCCAAUUUCUUUCGUAAUAGUAUUAGAAUUAGAAAAAGUUCUAAUACUAUUUCGGAACUUGUUGAUAUAAAUGGGACUUGUUUGACAAAUUAUGAGCAGCUUCGUGAUCAUGUAGUUCAGUUCUAUGAAGAUAAGUUCAAUGGCCAAGAUCCGGUGAUAGAAGGUGAUUUAUUUGAUUUUGAGCAUGCUUCAAUUUCUGUUGAGGAGAGCAACGCCAUGGAUAUGAUUCCUUCCCCGGAAGAAAUUAAGCAAGCUGUUUUUGAUCUGAGUGCGGAUAGUGCCCCAGGGCCGGAUGGUUUCUCUGGUUGUUUCUAUCGUCAUUGUUGGGAUAUUAUUCAUGAUGAUUUAACCAAGGCCAUUAUUCAUUGUUGGAAUGCGGGUAGUAUUCCAAAUGGUGUUAAUUCAUCUUUUAUCAUCUUGCUGGCUAAGGUAGCCUUCAUGAAAUGGAGAAAUAUUCAUGAGAAUAUUAUCUUGGCGUCGGAGAUGGUUAAUGAGUUGCAUUUUAAACGCAAGGAUGGCAACAUAGGCCUUAAACUUGAUAUUUCUCAAGCUUUUGACACGUCUGCUAGAAUUUCUGUCAUUUUUAAUGGUAGUCCGAAAGGUUACUUCAAAAUUAACAGAGGUUUGCGUCAAGGUAAUUCCAAAAGUCUUCAUGAUCUUGUAGACUUGUUGGGAAGAUAUCAGCGUGUUUCAGGUCAGACUGUUUGUCGUCAAAAGAGUAAGAUUUAUUAUGGUGGUGGUUCUUCGAGUUGGUGUAAUUAUAUUGCAUCUUAUUUGGGGAUGAGUGUAGCUACUUUUCCGGACCGCUAUUUGGGAGUUCAAAUUAUUCCAGGUAUUGUUCGAUAUCGCCAUAUUAGCAAUGUUGUUGAAAAGAUUAGAAAUCAUCUUGCUGGUUGGAGAGUGAGGUUAUUAUCUUUUCAUGAUCGCAUUGUUCUUGUUAAAUCAGUUAUUGCCAGUUAUUACAUUCAUAAUAUGGCUAUUUGUAAGUGGCUUCGUAAGUUUAUUCUUCAAUGUGAGAGGGCUAUCCGUAACUUUAUUUGGUCUGGUGAUUCGAACAUUAAUCGUGUAGUGGUAGUGGCUUUUGAUAAAAUCUGUUGCCCUUUUGAGGAGGGGGGUCUCAGACUAACUCGUAUGGCCACUAUGAACAAAGCUCUUAUUAUGAAACUUUGGUGGAAGAUUCGUAAUUCUACAAAGAAGUGGGAUCUUUUCCUGAAGGCAAAAUUAUUUGAUCGUAAGGAUCGUAUUAAGCAUUCGGGGGUUAAAUCUUCUAUUUUGCCUGGUUUAAGGAGUGUGUAUAAUUGUGUGGAAAAGAAUACUAAGGUCUUAAUUGGUGAUGGUAGAGAUACUUCUCUUUAUUAUGACAUUUGGUUUGAUAAGACUAGUAUUGCUGAAGUGCUAAAUGAUUAUUCUCUCGAUGCAACAGCUAGAGUUAGUGAUAUUUUAAAGGAUGGCCUUUGGGAUAUUCCUGAAAUUCACUUGCAAUACUUGAUUGCUGCUGGUCUAGAGUUGAAUAGGAUGCCAAUUCCUAUGGGUGGAGCUGAUGUUAGGGUAUGGAUGCCGGAGUUGAAGGGUGAGUUCAGCGUUAAGUCUGCAACUGAGUUUAUUCGGCAGAAGUAUUCUCGGUUAGAAGGUAAGCAACUUCUAUGGAGAAAAGAAGUUCAUCCUGUUCUUGCUGCUCAGGACUGGAAAUUCUUAUGUGGAGCAUGUGCUACGUAUGACCUUAUCAGGCGCAGGUUCAAGAUCUCUCUUGCUAACAAAUGCUGCCUAUGUGGUGUUCAAGAGGAAACUCUUACUCAUGUGUUAUAUGAGUGUUGCUUUGCUACAAGGGCCUGGAAUUGGCUAGCUGAUGUGUUCAAGUUACAACCUAAUGCUAACCUUAUUGUUUCUUUUAAAGAAGCAAAAGGAAGGAGUCUUAUUGUCCGUGAUUUGUGGCUUAUUGCCAACCUUGUUCUUAGGUCGGAGCUAUGGCAGUUGCGGAACAAGGCUGUUUUCGAGGAUAAAAAGCCUAAUUGGAGUAUCUUUCAUAAGCGCGUUCUGAAGUUGAUACAAGAUUAUUCAAUUCGGCUCAAGGGUCAUAUGAACAAUAGUGCUGAUGAUGUUGUUCUUCUGAACUAUUUUAGAGUUCAGCACCGUAGUGUGAAGUGGCAUCAACCUGUGGCUUGUUUUUGGUUACCGCCUGAGGCUAAUGAAUUGCAAAUUUGUUGUGAUGGAGCGGCGAGAGGUAACCCAGGCGUUGCGGGUGCAGGUGUAGUAGCUAGGGAUGAUCAUUGUUCAGUUCUUGGUGCUUUGAGUAUUGGGCUAGGAGUCACGACGAAUAAUUUAGCGGAAUUGUAUGGCAUUAUUGUUGGUCUGGAGUGGGCUAUGCAAUGGGGUUUUUCUCGUAUUUGUAUACGGUCUGAUUCUAUGGGAGUUGUUGAAGCUUUCAAGAAUAAUUUCAUUCCUGGGUUUACGAGGAAUGGAUGGAUUAUGAUCUGUAGACACUAUACGUCUAUACGUUUCAUUCACACUUUUAGGGAGGUGAAUUUUUCAGCUGAUUCAAUGGAAAAGCGGGGUUGUUUAUUGAGUAAUGAAGUGGGAGUACACUACAAUGGGAAACCACCUUUCUUAAGUUCUGUUGAACAUCCUAAUAUUGUUCAUAAACCUACAAUCCAAGUUUGGCAAGCAAAAUCAGCUAAAACUGAUGAGGAAGAGGAGAAGUCUUUGAAUCUGGAUAAUAUGGAGGAUAAUAAGGUUGGUGCUUCAGCUGAUGAUACACAGUUGAAGGAGGAGCUUGAUCUCUCUGAAUCUGAGGUUCGUGAAGCUCAGAUUAGAUUGCAAAACGCAAUUGCAGCCAAGGAAGCGCUUGCUGCACGUACAAAAUCUGCUCAUGCAGACCAUGCAAAAGUUACGCAAUUGACAUCUAAUACUCAAAUUCAGUCCGAGAAGAAGCAAAACUCUGAAGUUCAGUCCGUGUCUGAGUUGUAA